CCGCCAUCGAGCAUCCCACCCAUCACCACCACCACCGCCACCCUCCCUCGACGACGUCUCGUACCACUCUACGCCCCCGAAGCCAAUCUAUUUGAUCUGAAAUAAUCGCGCAAACUUCCACCCACCGAUACACACACACACACACUCUCUCUCUACACAAUGGGCCUCUUUUCUUCCUUCCAGUCCGAAGAGACCCGCCGCGCCGAAGAGGUCCGCACCGGCGCCCGCGCCCCGGACCGCAGCGAGCGCCGCAAGUGCUGGGACGCUCGCGACGCUUACUUCGGCUGCCUCGACCGCAACAACAUUGUUGACGCAUUAAAGGACGACACAAAAGCCCGCAAGGCCUGUCCCACCGAGAACGCCGAAUUCGAGCGCGAUUGCGCCGCCGCCUGGGUCAAGUACUUCAAGCAGUGGCGCGUCGCCGAUAUCCAGAAGAAGCAGCGCAUCGCCCAGCUAGAGGCUGAGAACGCCGUCAAGAUGGACGUCACUACCUCCUUCGCCGACCACACCGCCGCGCCCGCCAAAGGCACCGCCACGAGCAAGGCCGAUCUGCAGGACAUGCUCGCCGCAAGGAGGAAGUGAAAGCGAAAAAGAAAGAAAAAGAAAAAGAACAAGAGCGAGAAACACACAGAGAAUGGGCGGAAGGUGCCGAUAUCGACUCCACCUCGACCCUCUGUACCAGCCCUUUCACGACCCGAACCCGCGCCUCGCCAACAUAAAAGCACGUCAUUUCGAUACCAACAUUUCCUGCUUCUCCCCUCGCCUCCGGGCAGCCCGCAUGUACAACACCUGUCAUAUAGAAAUACUCUCUCCCUCCCUUUGGAAAGCGGCAAUGUGAGGAUAUACAUCUCUGUAGAAUAAUGUAUUCAUGAACAACUAAUGGUUCACCAACG